AUGUUUGUUCAGGCAAAUAGUGUCGAACCUAGUUCUUCGGAUGCUCAUACGGAUUUAACAUCUAAUCAAGAGCAAGAGAUAAAUUCAAUUAGUAGAUCAAUCGAAGAAACAGAUUCUGAUAGAAAUGAAAUAGUGCCUAUCGAAAAGAAAGCCCUCAAACGACAUCUCGGUCUGUUUUCUGGAAUCUCGUUCGUACUUGGUAUUACCAUUGGUUCGGGAAUAUUUAUUUCUCCGAAAGGUGUUCUAAGAGAGACAGAAUCGGUUGGAUUAUGUUUGGUAAUAUGGACAUUAUGUGGUUUCAUCUCUAUAUUGGGUGCAUUGUGCUAUGCAGAAAUAGGUACCGUUAUACCGCUGAGUGGUUCCGAAUUAGUUUAUAUGCGAGAAGGAAUCGGAUCGAUUCAUGCUCGUACUGGUGAUGUGCUUGCUUUUGUCUUCAAUUGGGCGAAUACAUUCAUUCUUGAACCGUCAAUGGUUGCUAUUCUUUCUUUAACAUUUGGAACAUAUUUUCUAUCAGGAAUCAUGAACAGUCCCAGUCCGCCACUAAAACUAAUCAAAGUGUUGGCAAUCUCUGUAAUCGGAAUCCUCGGUGUUAUAAAUGGAAUUAGUGUGACGGCAGCGAAUCGACUAAAUAUUAUUUUUACCAUAUCCAAAACGGUGACAAUUUUAGUGAUUAUAAUAGGUGGUCUUGUACGCAUCGGACAAGGUUAUACUGAAAAUUUAGAAAAUAGCUUUGAUGGUACAACAAAAAAUCCAUUACGUAUUUCACUUGCUUUCUAUUCAGGCCUUUGGGCCUAUGGCGGAUGGUCAAGUUUGAAUUCGGUGACUGAAGAACUUAAAAAUCCGAAAAGAAAUUUAUGGCUGUCAAUUGUACUGGCUCUUUCAUCAGUAAUUAUUCUAUAUCUUCUCACCAACAUAUCCUAUUUCACAGUGAUGAACAAAGCUGAAUUGCUUAGUUCUGAUGCUGUAGCUAUGACAUGGGGAGAAGCUGUGUUAGGUCCUGUUGUUCGUACAUUGCCUAUUCUGGUUUCGUUUAGUGCAUUGGGCAGUGCCACUGCAACGAUUUAUUGUUCUAGUCGUUAUUUUAUGGUAGGCGCACGUUAUGGAUAUCUACCUAAAAUUUUUUCUUGUAUUCAAAAACAACGAUUAACACCGUUACCGAGUAUUAUGCUCAUGACUAUUAUUAGUAUUAUCUAUUGUAUUCCCACUAAUAUUGAGCAUUUAAUCGAUUUUGUCAGCUUCGUUGCUUGGGUCUUUUUUGGACUGACAUUUGUUGCCACAAUUUGCUGUAAAUUUACGAAGGCUGAAGCCUAUCGAGCUAUUAAAGUACCAAUACCUGUAAUUAUUUUUAUGAUAUUAGUUUCUGUCUAUCUUAUUAUUGCACCUGUUAUAUCGAGCCCAAAUAUUGGAUAUCUUAUUGCACUUAUUAUUGUGCUUGUCGGUUUGAUAUUCUACUAUUUGUUUGUUUUUCGUAAAAUACAACCAAAUCUGAUGAAAAAAAUCAAUAUAUUUCUUCAAGAAUUUUUCAAUUUAACAAUGUCAACAGUCAACAUUGAAGCAUAA